GAAGUAUUAUUCUGCGUCAUGAUCUGAACCCAAGCAGAAAGACUGCAGGAUGGCUGAUGGUAACCCGGAGGACAGAAUCUUGGAGGUUCUGGGAAUCCCAGACGAUGUGGACGACGAAUUCCUAUCGCUGUACUUUGAAAACAAGCGGUCAGGAGGAGGAACCGUGAUUUCACUGGACAGAAAUGGAGACCGAGCCCUGCUGGAGUUUGAAAAAGCUGAGGUUGCUGCCAGAGUCUUGUCCAAAGCCUCUCAUUCAAUAAGCAAUAGCCAACUGACCGUGCGGAAGAAACCUUCAAAGGAUCAUGGGAAGUUUGUGCUUCGGGGGCUUUCUCCCAACACAGUCCUUGACAUGGUGGAGUUGUUUGUGGAGAAUCUAACUGGAACCGACGAGUUCUCUCUGUACCCCUCACCUGGACGGGACCUGGUCCUGAUUCACCUCCGAAACCCCCUGACUGAGGGUUUUCAGAAGAUUUCUGAGAAAGUCUCUAAAAAGACAUUUGAUGGAGCAAAGAUCAGUCUGGAGCAGGUGGAGUGCACUGACUCUGUUCUGGUGGAGAAUCUGCCCCCCAGUGUAACGGAAGACAUUCUGACAAUGUACUUUGAGAGCAGUCGUAGUGGAGGUGGGCCAGUGAUGAGUAUCAGCAGAACAGCAGGUGGAGAAACCAAGAUCACUUUUAAGGACAUAAAGUCUGUGGACAGUGUGCUACAGAAUUCCCACAGAAUAGAGGAAACAGACUUAAAAGUCAAGCCCUAUUUUUCCUUUUUGGAAUCAGCAGGAAGCAAGGCAUCUGAGAGUUUGAUAAAUGGGACAAAUCAGCCGUCAGAUGAUCAGAACCAGACUGUAAAUGAGCCACUGAGCAGCACAUCAUCACAGCCCAUCACAGCAAGUCACAAUCAGCCAGCUUUAACUCCAAAACCACAACCACGACCAAGACUGCAUUCCAGCCCUGUCUCUCCAAAAACAUCUUUACCUCCAACAUUGUCCCCUGUUGCAGCUGCUGCACGUGUGGAUUAUGAGAAAGAUGCAAUGGAGGUGGUCCCUUCUGAGCCUGAGCCAUUAGUCUGCAGUUUAUCUGUACCUGAUCCCACCAAACUGCAGCUGAUUGGCUUGAGUGGCCUCUUGGAUGAUCUGAAAACGGCUUAUCCUAACUUUGACAUCACUCUCAAGCAAGAUGGUGUGCAUAUAAAAGGGGCAGGCCAUCUGCAAGCUGAAAAACUCAAAAACAAAAUCCUGGAGUUUCUCAGCGGCUUCACGCAGGUCCACCUUCCUCUGUGUGCUCUGAAAGCAGAGCUUCUUGAAAAGAAAGGUGUUAAAGAUAAAGUUCUGGCUCUGCUGAGACAACAGGGACUUCCGUCUGUUUACAUGCUGUCAGACUGCGUGUUAAUUGUGACUUCACCCACCAUGCACAUGGUCAACCAAGCCUGCGAAAAGAUUAAGAGCCUAGUUGUCGAAGCUGCUGUUCCCUUAAAGACGGAAUAUGAAAGCAUGCUGUACUGUCAGGAGUUUCACGACUUUAAGAAGUCGCUGGACAUGUGCUGUGCUGAAAUAACAGACAGUGCGGUCGCCAUCGUAACACUGAGAGGCCUGGAGGAGGACGUGAAAGGGCGUAUAAUCCAGUUUCUCAGCACUCCACUUCAAAAGGAGAGAGUUCUGAGCAUGGAGCCGGCCAUGCUAACCUACAUCCAGCUCCACCAUCAGCAGCUGCUGUUCGACAUGAACCAGCUCACCACCAUUUUACCCCUGGAGUCAGGAGACGGCUUAAUGAUUCGAGGGAAUGCCAGCGAGUGUCAGAUGGUAGCGGAGGUUUUGGGCAGUGUGGUGGACUCCACACUCACCAAGAUCAUCACUGUGACCCAGCCGGGCAUCGCCCGCUUCCUUGUGCAGGAGGAGGGCACCAGCAUCCUGGGAGAAAUGACGGCUAAGUUUCAGGUGUAUAUCAGCAUGGAGAAGGUGCACUGGGAGCCUCUGGAGGAUCAGGAUAUCUUUGAGCUUGCAUGGAAAAUGACGUCCUGUCAGAAUUUCUCGCGGGACUCCUCUGGUCAGCCUGACCAACCUCUGAUGGCGACUAAGCUGAACCCCAGUGGCAUCCCCUCUGCUGACAAGGGCACUACAGCUUGUAUUGAAGAAGCCAAAAGGAUUUUGUCUGUUUUCGACCACUCUUCCGAGCCCUCCAGUUUAAGAGAGACCGUUAUGGAAGAGGAAGAGGAUCUGUACUCUGAUCCUUCAGCAGAUCAGCACGGAGAUGGCUCGCAAAUGCAGGCUGAGGACUCAUCCGCAGCUGCGGAUCUGAGCAAACUUUCAUCCCUGAACCCCUGCAGCCUGGAGGAGGACGCAGAGCUUUCACUGGCUAUUCAGUUGUCCAUGGAGACCAACCAAAGGCCAAGCGAACUGACCGAAGACGAGCUGCAAAAGGUUCUGGAGCUGUCCAGAAGUGAAAGCAUGGUGGUUGAUGAGAGUCAAAUGCUGGAGAAGGCUGUGGACGUUUCUCUGCAAGAGGCUGCUAAAUCAGCCAACGUUGCAGAGAUCAAGGUGUUUGCCAGCUACCCUCAUGAUCUCAUCAGAGUGGACAUAGCUUUGAGUAAAAAGGUGGGGCUGAGACAUUGUGAGGAAAAAGUGGAACAUAGAAGCCUGAGGAAGCUUUCAGCAUACCAUAAGAGGUGUAUAGAGCUUGUAAAGAAAAAGCAUGCAGUGGAGAUUGAAAUCCAGGGCACCACAGCCACUGUCACAGGCUUUAAAGACUAUGUCUCUGAAGCGCUGCCUGACCUGAGGGAGGUCCUGAAGAGAGCAGCCAACACAACCUCAGACACAGAGAUCCUGAAGACUAUACAGUGGGUACGAACUGAACAGGGCAGCUCAGGACCGGUUCCAUAUCCUCCAGAAGCCAUCGUGUUUAUUGAGAACGCCUGGAGGUUGAAACGGAAGAAGAUAGACAUUGUGUUCAACAGUCAGCCCUACACCAUCGAUCUGGAGAAGAUGCAGGAGUACAGCGUGUCCUCUGGAAAGAGUGUGCCUAUUGCACGGAAGAUCAGCUCAGAGGAUUUAUAUACUGAUUUACCAGAUGAUGAUUAUAGCCUGCUCUCAGAUGUGCCAGACACAUCUAAAGUUGAUGAGGGCUCUGAGGAGUUUCAGGAUGUCAUCAGCCAAUUCUAUGACAGCAUUCACGAAUACCACAACAGAAUAAAAAUCAUUAAGGUGGAGAAGCUGAUGAACAAGCUGCUGUAUAAUCAGUACAGGCUGAAGAAGGCGAGUGUGGAACAGAGCUCGACUCAGCCACAGGUGGAGCGCUCUCUGUUCCACGGCACCAGCGAGACCAGCGUCAAAGAAAUCUGUGUUCAUGGCUUCAACAGGAGCUUCUGUGGAAAAAAUGCUACUGUAUAUGGGCAAGGUGUGUACUUCGCUGUAGAAUCUGCUCUGUCUGUGUCGGACACCUACUCCCCACAAAACGCUGACGGACACAAGUUUAUAUUUGUAGCCAAAGUGCUGACCGGAGACUACACCGUGGGAAGACAUGAAAUGAAAGCUGCGCCACCGAAGGAGGGUUCUGAAAUAGCUGCCCGGUAUCACAGUGUGACGGAUAAAAUAGACUCCCCAACGUUGUUUGUUAUCUUUAAUGACACACAGGCAUUCCCGCAGUACCUUAUUACAUGCAAGAAGGUUAAUUGAAGUCCGAUUGGAGCUGAGUAAGUUUCAUCUGAGUAAGAAUUGUAUUUUAACAAGUGUAGUAUGAUUGGUUAGGUGGUUUAGGAUAAAGUACCAGUGUAAUUGCCAUAAAUUCCCAUAUUCCCACUGAUGCCACAGGCUAUAAUGUUUUGUGGUAAUUUCUGUCAAAAUAUGUUGUUACAACAUAUUACAACACAACUACCAUCACUUAAACAGUAGGAACUACAGGCACUGCAAAUUCAUAUUGGAUUAAAGUCACUCCACGAUUAUUUCUAAGAGACUGCAGAUACACACUGCAGAUUCAUACUUGAAUUAAGCCAAACACAGUGAUAACUGUCAGAAAAUAACAUCUGUGUUUUUGUUAGCUGGGAUUAUACACAAGGCAAAUUCAUAUUGGAUUAAAAUUGUUUUAAAAAUUGUUAGUCAGACUAUAAUAACUACACAUACUUCAAAAUUAUACUGGAUUACAAAAAUACCACAGAUAAAGCUCCAGUAUGUACUUCAUGAUCUGCCUGUUCUCUACAGAUUUAAAAUAUUAGGUUUAAUAUUAAGGUCAAUCUUACUAAGUAUGAUUUAACUGUGGUUUCGAUGACUGUAGUUUCAAGUCACGUCUUAAAAAGUGGUAUAGAGAUGCUCUUACUUUACCUAUUACUCCUUUAUUAAGAUUGCUAUGCCUGAAAUUACAAAGGAAACAGGUCAGUGAACUUUACAGAUUAAAGCCUGACAUGAUCUGCUGUAUAAAAAAAAGAGAAGCGCCAAAGAUGUUUUUCUCAGUAUGAAAUAAAAAAAAUGCCUUACCGUGACGGUUGAAUGUGAGCUUGGCUUGGAUGUGGGCUUCUUAUUGUCGGGUCUUCUGUCUUCUCUGUGCUUUUAGUAACUUUGUCUUCUGCACUUUUUAACAUAAAAGAUUAAUACAAAUACCGUAAAUGCAUUUAUUAUUUAGUCUAUCUAGUCUAAUCAACUGUAGCCAAAUUUCUUUCCAUAGAAACACAUAUUUUAAUAUGCCAUUGCUGUAUUUAAUGUGAAUGUAAUGAAAGAAUGGUAAAUAAAAGUCUGUUUACCAGUGUCCAAAAAUGUGUGUAUGUAAGUGUAUAAGAGUACUCAUGAACUACAGCCCUUAACUACUCUGUGUAGGCUGCCAUUGCUAGUGUGGAUUCAGUUACACACUUGGAGGAUAAUGUGAUAAAGACAAGAAAUCCUUAAUGUCUGUAAGGUGUGAAAAGGACUAUUAAACACAAUUUAAUAGA